GUUUCUUCUCUCCCUGAAGAUGCUGUGUUUGUUAGUCGUUUGACACUGGAAAUCAGUGCCGAUAUUUCCUAAAUGUGAUCCACUUGCUAAUGAAGAAAACCUCUACAAUAUAAAACAGUAGUUACUAGGUGUCAUAGAAAUGUGGCAGAUUUUUAGAGCUACCUGACUUCAUUCCCUUGAAGCACAUCAGCUUAUAUGUAGAAUCAUUGAGUCCCAGAGUGACUGACUGAGAGUUUGGGGGUCUGUGUUUGACAUUCACCACGUGCUUGGUGUAACAGUACAAGUGUGCUUUCUGAAAUAGAAACAUAUCAGAAUGUUCUCUUACAGUACACUCCUAGAAAAAUGGUCUGAUUUUUCCAUUAGAAAAUACGUAACCAUAGUCUCCUUGGACCAACGCCAGCGCUACAAGGAUGACUUCAAUGCAGAGUAUGAGGAAUACCAAAAUUUAUAUACUCGGAUUGACAAGAUCAGAGAGCACUUCACACAGCUUCAGGAACAAUGGAAGUCUGUGACCGCAGGCUCUGAAGCCCAUCAGAUGCUGCUUCAUCGAAUCCUAGCAGAUUAUCAGCAGAUACAACAGGGUAGCCCCAGCUACUUUGAAAUGAAGAACAGGUGCCUGUACCUCCACAACAAGCUGUCACAUAUUCAGAGCCUCAUAUCUGAAUUUGACAAGCAUUAAGUGGAGUCCUGGCACCAGGCAACUGCUUCAGCCAGAAAUAUCUAUGAACUCUGGAUUUUUUAUUACAACUAGAAGAUUAGGUUUUUAGGAUUAUUUUCAUUAGUAUUGAACAGUAGGUAGCAUUGAGCAAUAGAUGACUUUCUAAAAAUGUAGAAUUAGUUCAAAGAAGUUGAGUAAGUUAAUGGAUUUCAAAGAUGAUAUUAUUGAACUUUAAGAAUAAAGAAAUUUCCCUUGUGACAACUCCUUCUCUCAUUGUUGCUUGUAUCAUAUUGGAGAGGCAUUUUUCUUCUGGCCAAUUAUUUUCUUCAAGACGUAUGUUUGUCUAGUGAAAUAAAUUUAUCAGGAAAAGGUUGAAGCCCAGUACCUCUACUAUGAGGUUGCCCACAUUUUAAGAAAAUAUUAGAGGAAAAGGAAAUUCUUUAUGAUACAUAUAGGGGUGUUUUCCAACCCUUCUCCUUAAUGCACACUCUUUGCCUUAAGUGGUCCAAAGAGCAGGAGUCUGGACAACCCCCUCCCCCAGUCAGCUUGUUUGGGAGGGUUACAGAGGAAUGUGUUAUGGGCUGCUCUAAGCUGUCAGCUGAAGCAGCUGCCAGGACUGCCUGGAGAUCAUGGCCUCAUCUUGUCAGUGAGCCAAGGAAUAUCCAGAUCUUUUGCAAGUGUUCUAUAAAACACAUGGAGAAGUGUUGGAGGCAAGGCUCAUCA